AUGUUUUCAUUUUUCAUUAGGAUAAAAGACACCACUAGUACAAUAACAGAAACCACCCGUAUUAGUAUAAUAGCGUCAAUGGUACCUGACGAGGUUAUUUACGAACUUCACGAGCCUUCCGUCAGAAUUUAUGAGGCGGCUCUUAUGUUUAUUGAUAUUUCUGGUUUCACCGAUCUGUGUGAAAAUUAUACAAAUGAAAAUCGAGGUGGUCCUUCUAAGCUUACGCAAGUUCUCAAUUCAUAUAUCGGAGCUAUGGUCCAAGAGAUUUUAACUCAUAACGGUGACGUACUAAAGUUUUCUGGAGAUGCAUUUCUGUCUAUGUGGAAGAAAACAUCAAGAUUAACCAUGCAAGAUGUCGUUCACAACGCUAUCGAUUGCGGUCUUAUUAUACAAAAGAAUUACGGAACUUAUUUAACGGAUGUUGGAGUGGUUCUCAAAGUAAAAGUGGCCAUAUCAGCUGGAGUUACAUACUUUUCGAUCAUCGAAAGCAACUGCACAGAUCAAAGUCAUUAUGUGAUUGUCGGUCAACCGGUUUGGGAUGUUAAGGCAGCCGAGUACAUGAGCUCAGCCGGAGACGUGCUCACAUCAGCCAGCGCCUGGAUGUAUGUGAACGAAGCCGAAUAUUGCACUCAGCCUUGUGGAGACGGAAGGCACACUAAGGUAUUAGGAGUAGGGGCUUCUUGGAAAAGAGUAGAAAAAUUACGCAACACAUUGGUACAAGAUUCAACUUUACCUAAUGUUUCGAAUCAUGUUGGUGUUGAAUCAGAAUGUAUAUCGAACGAUUACAGGGAAUAUUCACGUAAGCCUUACGCUAUCACACUGAUCAUGAUUACCUUAAUUAUAGGGUUCGUUCAUUCAAAUUAUUCUAUGACCUUAUUAGUUCGACCAGCAGUAGUAGCAGCCAUGCGGAGUACGUGGUGGCCGUCUCUGCGUCGCUUUAUGCUUGGUCCUGUACUCCGAGCGGUGGACAACGACGAGCCCAUGGACUUCUUGACUGAAGUUCGUCGGGUCGUCGUCGUAUUUCUGAACAUAAUCACGAACAGCGUUUCCGAGAAUGUUUUGAUUGAUAUUGUAAAUGAGGCAUAUAAGCGUGUUUCUUGUGCGGCAUCGGAUUCCGGUGGCUUAGUGAACAAAGUUUCAAUGUUCGAUAAAGACAUGAUGUUCCUGGUCGUAUUUGGACUCAGAGGUCUGAAGCAAGAAAACGAAGCUCAAAAGGCUCUAGCGUGCGCUGAUCAGUUGAAACAGACUUUGAAUGAACCCAAUAUUAAUGUUGUCUCAAUCAGCGUUACUUCUGGAACAACAUAUUGCGGAGUCGUCGGUCAUGUUCUACGGCGUGAAUAUACUGUGAUAGGUCCAACUGUGAAUAAGGCGGCCCGUCUGAUGAUGGCAUAUCCAAACGUUAUUUCGUGCGACAAGGAAACGUUUCUGAAAAGUAAAUUAAAUCAAGAAUACUUUAGGGUUUUGGAGAUAAAGCCCCUGAAAGGCAUAGCUAAGCCUGGACCGGUGUACGAGUUCAGCAUGACAGGUUGGUCGCAACGGAGUGUAGCCUCCAAGCAUCCUAUACUGGGCCGGACCGAAGAGCUAAGUCAGUACGAAAUGUACUUGCAUAACGCGAUACUACAGCAUCAACAGGAUUUCACACGUUAUCGAGACAAUAAAUUCGCCAUUGCUUUUAUUGGUCCGAAUUCGAUAGGCAAGACUCGAUUGCUGGAGGAAUGUCUUGUAAAUACGCCGAAGUUUAUUAAAUACGAAAAGUUCGUACUGGAUCACUACGAUAAGGUGUCUUUCAAAGGCUUUCACUAUAUUCUUUCAAAAGUCUUCACUGGAUCAAAGUCUUUUCGAGAAAACUCUGAAAAUAGAGUUAGAUUCAGUAUUGAUCUGAGUUACGCUACACCGAUUCAAAUACACGCAGUUAACAUUGUUUUCGAUUGUCGUUUUCCAUUACCGGAAAAUUUUCAACACGAAGAAGAUUUGUUGGACGAUUUGAGCGUCAAGCAGGUGAUACGUAAUGUAUGGAAACGGCAAUUCAAAAAUUUAUGGGUGGCCGCUAUUGAUAACGCACAUUACUUGGACGACGAGUCCUGGAGAGUUUUACUGAUAAUUUUAGAUACGAAGACCGUUUUUAUGCUCUUUUCUUCUCUUUCAUCCCUUACUUUAGCGACGGUCAAAAAUUGUCUAGAAAACAGCAUGAUAGUUAAUAUCCGACUGUCGGGCAUAGACAGGUGGUUCCAUGCAGCCCUGGCAUGCCAAUUGCUAGACGUUCAAGCGAUACCGGCUGAUCUAGAGAAAGUUAUAGAAACGGCCAGUGCUGGGAUGCCGGGUUGGAUACAAAACUUCGUGAUCUCACUGGUUCAACGAGGAGCCUUGUCAAUAGUAACGGUGACUCGUGAAGAAGCAAUAGAUUUAGGUGCUGUGGUUCCAUCAUCGACCCUUCUGCGUCGGACUGAUGUUCAUAUAGGAGCUCAGUAUGACGAUGCUUUAUCGAAGAGGCUUAGUUACCAAAGUAUCUACAGUAUAUUAAGCAUUAGUGCCUUUAGUAAACAAGGAAGCACGUUCACGAUCCAAGAAAUGGAUACUAUACAAAUGGCUGUGCUAGCGGAGUCUUUUAAUUUUGAUGACAUUACAAUGGACAUGAGUAUGGAUGCUGUAAUCCUGAAAACUUACGAUUCUCUUAAUCCAUACGAAAAAAUGUUGCUCAAAUGUGCAUCGGUACUUGGAGACGUGUUUUCAAGACGAAUGCUUAUGCACUUACUACAGAACGAUUCUCCGAGAACUGUUGCUCUAGCUGUGGCAAAACUUUUCGUCAUCAAAGUGUUAGAAUGUGAAGGGGGAGAUUUUACUCGAGAUCUAUCCAUGGUGCUAGUCCAUCCCGCUCCGACUUUACCGUCCAUGGCCCCUUCUGCACCAUACUGUAAGUGCCUUGGAACAAGACAACCAGCUUGCUGCGAAGAUCUCCCAAAUUAUGCUUUCUGCGGGUACAUGAAAUUCAGGCAUCCCUUAUUUCGGUCUACAACAUACGAUCUUCUGACUGAGAAUCAAAAGCACGAUAUGCACGCUAGAGCAUUACUGUAUUUGGAACGUUUCACACGUCGCUGUUUACCAUGUGGCGGUGGAUGCUUCUCGAAGUUCGUUGGUUUGCGCUGUGAUGAUGGCUUAGUACAAGAAAGCGAGGCAGUAAAACGAACCCGGCAUCAAAUUCGUGCGUUGAAGACUGAAACAGUUGUUCCAGGUGACCAAGAUCAGCUAUCUGUAUUCGCUCAUGAAGAAUCGUCCGAUUUUGCUGUAGGUAUAAAAGCGUAUUUGAGUAAUAUCUAUGUAAUUUCUUUAAUCUACUUAAUUUACAGUUUUCAUAAUCUACAGUGUAAAAGAGAAACGUUCCCGAAAAAGAGCGAUUUUUAUUAUAAGGGUAAAAGUAAGUGUUUUAGGGGAUUUGUAGUUUGUAUGAUUUUANAGCUAUCUGUAUUCGCUCAUGAAGAAUCGUCCGAUUUUGCUAUCCAUAUCAUACCGGAAUGUUCUAGCUUGGAACUAUUGAAAAAAGAACGCUCAUCUUCGAGGUUUUUAGAAAUGAAGAGAUUAAAGAGAUUGAGGAAUAAACAAAUGAAGAAGGGAGUCCGUUCGUUCUCGUCGGUCGAAACAAACAACUGUGAAUGUUUGACUAUUCUGAUGACCGUUUACUCUCAGAUUAUUGAUCAUUGUAGAGGAGCUGGCGAGUUCAAUAAACUAUACGAAGCUUACAUUGAAUACGUUGACAUAAACCUCAUUAGCUUAAACGUACCGCAGGCUAUCAGACUUUUGAUCGAAGUUGAGAAUUUUGCUCAGAGCGAAGACCUUUUUCCGGAAAACGUUCAUAGGAAAUGGAUAAAGAGAUUUCAGUUAGCGAAGAUUUGUUCAAUGCGAGGUGUCUGUAUGUUGGAGUCCGGUGACCUUGCCGAAGCGAAGAAACAGCUGUUGCACGCCAUGGAGCUUUAUUACUAUCCAUUACCGACUUCUAAGCACUGGGUCAAAUUACGCAGCUUUGGAGCCUCCCUUCAACAAUUAAUGGCUGUAUAUUUACCGAAGAUAUACCCAAAACGGAUAUCUGGAAUAAUCGGUUAUUAUUACGAAGAUAUCGCCUUCACGUUAAAUAUACUAUACCAAUUAUUUUCUGAAUGCAAAGAAACCGAGAAUGCAAAAUUGGAGGCUAAACGCGCUUUGAAUUACGCUUUAAAAACGAAUGCAAAUUUUCGUCUGUUGUGUAUCUGUUACGGGAACAUGAUCAGUGUUAAUCGAGAGGAACGCAAUUUCCGAAGAUGUUUAAAAUUAAAAGAACGAGCAAUGGAGCUGUGUCAUCGUAAACGAGGUCAGUUGGACGUAACGGAAGUGCAAUCCGUCUGCUACCUCUAUACUUGCAUGUUUCUAUUCUAUGUGGAGUAUGGAAAAAAAAUGGAGGGUCUUGAGUUGGGACUCUCAGUGAUACCGAUGCUGUCGGAUUUAACUGAUCUGAACACACGACAAAUGCUUUUGCUUUGGUUAUUGAAGCUGCUGUUGGCCGACUUGCGUAUUAACGAAAUGGUCAACAUUAUAAGAGAGUUUUUCUACAUGACCGAUCACUAUGAUUUGAGUUCUGAAACCUGGUAUUAUUUUUAUGCCAUAGUGAUACUGCUAGACACGGGCUAUUGCGUGGAAUCUUAUGGAUCCUGCGAGAAAUUCUAUAUAACGAAAGGUGACGCUAUAUUGAGGUCGAAAACUCCAGAAGCGGCUUGGAAUUUCUUUGUUGCGAUGUGGCUAAUAACAGUUAGAAUAGGCUCAUGGGAACAAUCAAUUAUAUGGGAAGAAAAAAUACGAAAAAUAUUAUCGAUGAAAUAUAAGGAGCACGAGUUCAAUAUAAUGAUGCUAAUUCGAUUGGUCGAAGGACUGCUGAUCACUUUAGUGAAGGAGACGGACCAGAGAAACCUUAAUAAAAUUUUAUUGCUAAAAAAAUCGAUAAAAUCAAUGUUUAGAGACAUGAACAAGGCAUGUUGCCGAGCUCCUAUGUACCGGCCGAGGUAUUACCUUUUAUAUGCAUACUUUUUGUAUAUAAAAAAAAGAAAAUUACAAGCAUUUAAUCUCUUGAAAAGAGCACACGAAAGUGCUAAACAGUGCAAACAUAUUUCAUUACUCAUUUGGAUCGAACACACUCGAAGUCAUUGGAGGGGUACUUUGACACAAGCAUGUGUGGAUCAUUGGAUUUAUCAUCUUGAACCAGACAAUUUGUUGGAUUAUACCGAUUUUGAUCCUGAAAAAAUUGAUAUAGUGCCUUUCACAUUACCGUUACCUAAUGAUAUUGAAAAAUAA